AUGGGCUCUGGUUCACCACCUUCCAAGCCAUCGGCCAUUCCCUCCCACAUGCUGAACGGGAGCUCCCCUCUUCAACGCUCCACGGGCACUCGUGAUGCCCGUGAGCGGGAGAGUCUCAAUUCCUCCAUUCGCACCUCGUUUGAACCCCGGAUUCCCUUCCAGUUUGAUUCUGAGACCGAAUCCACCGGGACUGGAGCCGACCCCGCCCAGUCCACUUCCACUGCCUCCGUGCCCAUUCGCAGCGUCGCGCCAGUGCGCCCGUCCCUGAACGACCCUGCCCGCGACCCCCGGGAUGAAGCCGGCCCAUUGACCCCUCCCGCCACCGUCAGCCGCCCCGCCAGCCCCUACACAUUGAACCCCCCCAUCGACUUCGAUGGCCUGAGCUGGCCCUGCCCCGGAACCAGACAGCGGAAAGAGUCCACCCCGGAGGAGACCGAAGAACGUCUCGACAAGCUUUCUGGAGCAAUCCGGACAAUCCUCGAGUGCAUCGGAGAAGAUCCGGAGCGUGAGGGUCUCCGGGAAACUCCCAUGAGAUAUGCCAAGGCCAUGCUUUACUUCACCAAGGGCUACGAGGAGAACGUGCGGGACUUGAUGAACGGUGCGGUCUUCCACGAAGAUCACGAUGAGCUGGUGAUCGUCAAGGAUAUCGAUGUUUUCUCGCUUUGCGAGCACCACAUGGUCCCCUUCACCGGAAAGAUGCAUAUUGGAUACAUCCCCGAUCGCCGCGUGCUGGGACUUUCCAAGCUCGCCCGUCUGGCGGAGAUGUUCUCUCGCCGACUGCAGGUCCAAGAGCGCCUGACCAAGCAAGUCGCGCUUGCCAUCUCCGAAGUCCUGAAGCCCCGCGGUGUGGGUGUUGUCAUGGAGUCUUCCCACCUGUGCAUGGUGAUGCGCGGUGUGCAGAAGGUCAGCAGCACUACGACCACUAGCUGUAUGCUUGGAUGCAUGCGAUCCAGCGCCAAGACCCGUGAGGAGUUCUUGACCCUGCUGAACCGCAGAUAA